UAUGAGAAAUCAACCUAUUUAACAAUGAUCCCCAGCUGUUUUUUGUUUGUGACAAUAAUACUGCAGGUUUUUCGCAUCAUUGCAAUAGAAGAGAUCGCCCCAGUACCUUCAGAUGUCAAAGUGACUGUACAACCAAGGCUUGUUAAUAUGACCUGGGAUUGCAACAUAACGGAGGAAAUGCGGAAAUACAACUAUUCAGUUAUAAUAUGUAAAUCGAAAGAAAAAAUUAAUCUAGAUAACUGUUUCUACACAUUUAUGGUUAGACCAAAAGUUUGUGUGCUACAUGAUGGAGAACUUCUGCAAAUUGAAACAGAAAGAAAUGUUACAGUGAAAAAUAAUUGGACCGAAAUACAAUUAUUUCCUGAAGGAACGACAAGAACAUCUGCCCAAAAUAUUUCCUGCACAGUGUUUAAUGUUUCCUUUAUGAACUGCUCAUGGGAGGUCGGCCAAGAUGCUCCAGAAAAUACAAAAUAUUCAUUUUAUUUGGAAGAUCACCGUGAAGACUGUAAACAAUACAAAUAUGAUUCAUUUGGAAGAGAGACUGCAUGUUACUUCAUCAGUCUUAUCAGUGUAUCCACUAAAUAUCUUUAUAUAUAUGUGGCAGGAAAAAGCAAUACAACCAAAAUUCCAUUCUAUGAUAAAUGGAUUAUUCCCUAUGAGCACGAAAUUUUGAAUGCUCCAGGGAACAUAAAAUUCAAUUUUGAUUCGAAUGAAAUUACAUGGGAUAAACCAGUCACAAGAAAUAAAAGAUCAGAUCAUUGUUUUCAAUUUGAAAUUAACAUAAGCAGUAAAUAUGAGAAAAAAAACAUUAUUCAAAGGGCAAAACGUAACAUUUCACUUGAUAAUUUGAAUCCAAAGAGGGAACAUAUUUUAAAAAUAAGAGCAUAUCUACUAACUACAUGUAACGGUGGUAAUAUACCGGGUAUAUGGAGUGAACCACUGAAAUUUGGUAAUGAAGCAAAAAUCACACAAAAGCACCUUGGGAUAAUCUUAACAAUAUGUAUAGUCUUUCUUAUAUGCCUUCUGGCAUUCCUGUGUCACAGGUACCAAAUAUUUGGAAAGAUAUUUCCUCGGAUACCAAAACCAAUAGAUAAAUUAAAAGACUUUCCAAUCAAAGACACCGAUACUUUGGAAAACAAAGGCACAGGAACUGAAAGACAAUCAACUCAUCAAAAAAAUGAAUUUACUUUAUUUCCUGUAGAUGAAGAAUCAGAUUAGCUAAAAGAAGAUACAAAAGUUUAUAACAGCGCUUAUGUCAUUAAAUAGUUAAUGUAUAGAUACAGUAUAAAAAAUUAUCAAACCUGUCAAAAGUUAAGAAUGCAAACUAUAUAAAGUAUCUGUUUUUGUUGCCCUGUUUAUGUCUUAUUACCUGCUGAAAUGCCAAAGACAUUAUUACUAUUAUUGGUAUAUCUAAAGGGACAAAAAGUUGCAAUAAAAAUGUUUGAAGCAGGU